UUCAUUUCCUGUAAGUAUGUUUCUUCUCAAACCUGCGAAAAAGAAAGUAUGAAAAGCAUACUCACUGUUGAAGGAAUGAAGCUAUCCGUUGUUGAAUACUGAGCAGACUGUUAUUAACAGUAUUUAUUUUUUAUACAAUCAGAAGAUGGGAUUUCAGGUGUUUUAUUUACUCAUCCUAGCAUGUGUCCUCAAUGGAUGUACUGCACUUAUAAUUACAAAUGAAAAAACUGUCUGUGCAUUGGCUGGUAGCAGUGUGACUCUAAAAUGCAGCAUCUUGCAAGGAAAAGAAACCCAUGUGACACAGAUUCAGUGGUCUAAGUUUGCUGAUGGUCUAUCAAGAAUAAUAGCUGUAUAUAACCCUCUCUAUGGUACAAAAUAUUCUGAAGCGGCCUACAACAAUUCAGCAAGUUUUGAGAAAGGUUUCCAUGAUUGUUUGACUGACUUCAGCAGGACUUCCAAAGAGGUUAAUUCUGUAGCAAACAACCUAGAAUGCAAUCAGUGGAUUCUACAACUGAAGAAUGUCACAUUUGAGCUCUCUGGCUCCUAUGAAUGUAUCUUUACCACAUUUCCAACUGGAACAAGUAGCUCAAAAAUACACCUUUUUGUUAAGAAAAGAGAAUACAAGAAUUCUGUGUUACAAGCUUUACUCAACCAGUCCCUUGAAAUUCUGUGCAUGAAUAGUAUGCCUAGUUAUAUAAACCUGACAAAUGCUUCUGUAACAUGGUCACUGCAGAAAGAAAAUGGAACUGAAAAGAUCCUAAUCAAGAAACAGUCCUAUUACCUUCAAGGCUAUACAGCCAAUAAUCUCACUGUGUACAAGGACAGAAUCCAAAUGAGUUCCAAAAAUGCAUUAUUGAUUUCUCCAGUGACAGUUAUUGAUGAUGGCAAGACGUUUGUCUGUUCAAUUGCUGCUGUCUCCGGAAGAAUUCAGGAAAGUGCCACUCAAGUGAAAACAUUUGCAAAACCAGAAAUCUCUAUUGUGCUCCAUACAGUUUCCAAAGGAAAGGCACAUUUCACAUGUAUGAUAAAGAAGGCAUAUCCGAAGCCAAAACUUAUGUGGUACAUGGGUGGAAAGAUUCUGAAUGAAAAAUCUGAAGGUUUAUUAAUCAAAAAUAAAGCUACGAACCGUGUAGGAAGUUUUUACGAGAGGACAUCAUUCUUGUCAAUAUGGAAUAUAACUCAUCCAUCCAUUAAUCAGACAUUCAAAUGCAUGUCUUCAUACCACUUCACUAGAAAUGACAGAAAGACUUUUUCAUCUAAAGAAAUACUUAUUACUUAUGGAUUUCAGAAUGCAUCAUUGGCAUAUUCAGAAUUCACUAGUCACAUUACUGCCAUUUCAGAUUCACCCACAGAAAGGUUACAGACUACCCUUUCUGAAGCCUCAAAAGCAACUCUAGUAUCAGAUUCCUCUUCAGAAAAACACUUGCAUUCUAUUAAAACCUUGCAAAGUGAUACUACUGAAAAGUUAUUUAGUGACUCCACAGUACCACAAAAAAUCUUGCAUUCUACCAAAACCCUGCAAAGUACUACUACUACUGUGUUGCUCCAUGACUCCACAGUACCACAAAAAUCUACCCAAACCCUGCAAAAUGAUCCUAUUACAGCAUUCUUCAGUGAGUCCACAGUACCUCAAAGUGAGUCCACAAUACCACAAAGGCUGAAGAAUUCCAGGAUAACAACCCACCAAAAUGCUGCCACUGUGACUCACUUCCAUGAAAACUCCAUGCCACCACAACGAAAUCUGCCCAUUGGAAGAGUGAUUGAAGUAACCACAGUGAAUAGUCCUGCUAAUUCAUAUACUAUAAAGAACGGCCUUGAUACUGGUUCUACAAUGGUUCCAAAACACAGUACAUUUCCAUGGUCAAUAGUUGUGGCAUUUCUGCUUUUCUUCUGCACAUGCUUAAUCAUUUGUGGGAUCAGAAAAUGGUGUCAGCAUCAAAGAGAAAUUAUGAAUAAACCUCCGUCUUUCAAGCCACCUCCUCCACCAGUCAAGUAUUCCUCCAUCCAAGUCUAUAAUGAAAUUUAUUCAUCCUGUGAUGAAUUAGAAAAUCUGAAAUCAGCCUGAAAAUCUAUAAUGACCCAGCCUAAAAAAUGACAUGCAUACUCUAUGGCUUUUACAAUAAAUGGCAAGCAUUCACGGGCAGUGACUCACAUUCCCAUUUGGACCGCUUAAUCUUGUUUUUGUGCUAAAGUAUAUGACAUUUAGCACAUUUACAAACCCAGAUUACCUUUUGUAAUUGGCACAUCAUGAAAUCAAACAUACCGUAUGGCAAAUAACAACUAGUGAGCCUUUGCAUGGGAACAAUGAAUCUUCAUUCAAUAUACAACCUAUGAAGGUAUGAUUAAUAUGUAUGAUAUUAAUAUUAUGAUAUUGACUGAUAGUCUCAACUAUGUUUCUUUCCAUCUUACGCCUACAUUUUUGCUAGAUUGAAGAUGCUCGCAAGAGUUACCUGUUUUUCCAGGCAGUGGUCUAAAAUGAGAAAUCCACAUUACUGUAUAUGAAUGGAAAGAAUCGAUAAUAAAUUAGACACAAAUGCAAAGAUUCCAUUAGGGAAUUCAUUCCCACUAGCUGCAUAUACAAAUAAAUGGAUUUACGUAAAACUGAGAACGAAAGACACAAACUCCAAUAGAAGAGAAUAUAAUGUAUCUCAGAGUUGAACUGUGGAGUCCUUGAUUAUUUGCUUGCAGAUGUUUCAUUACCCUACUCGGUAACUUCAUCAGUUCAGGUAGUCCUCAACUUACAACAA